GGUUACUUCCGGUGCCUAGCUCCAUUUCCGGCUUUGGUUCUUACUGAAGACGGCGUCUGCUCCAGUGAGUUCGAGCUGCUUCUACUUCGCUGUUUUGAUUCUCUCGGCUCUUCGGCCCAGCUCUCUUCCGUCAGAGCCCGGAGCGCAGGAGGCGCGAAGGCUAUUUGAAGAGUUUAACCCAAACAUGGAUAUCAGACCAAAUCAUACAAUUUAUAUCAACAAUAUGAAUGACAAAAUUAAAAAAGAAGAAUUGAAGAGAUCCCUAUAUGCCCUGUUUUCCCAGUUUGGUCACGUGGUAGAUAUUGUGGCUUUGAAGACCAUGAAGAUGAGGGGGCAGGCCUUUGUUAUAUUUAAGGAACUGGGAUCAUCCACAAAUGCUUUGAGACAAUUACAAGGAUUUCCAUUUUAUGGUAAACCAAUGCGAAUCCAGUAUGCAAAAACAGAUUCAGAUAUAAUAUCUAAAAUGCGUGGCACUUUUGCUGACAAAGAAAAGAAAAAAGAAAAGAAAAAAGCCAAAACUGUGGAACAGACUGCAACAACUACAAACAAAAAGCCUGGUCAGGGAACACCAAAUUCAGCUAAUACCCAAGGAAAUUCAACACCAAAUCCUCAGGUCCCUGAUUACCCUCCAAACUAUAUUUUAUUCCUUAAUAAUUUACCAGAAGAGACUAAUGAGAUGAUGUUAUCCAUGCUGUUUAAUCAGUUCCCUGGUUUCAAGGAAGUACGUUUGGUACCUGGGAGGCAUGACAUUGCUUUUGUUGAAUUUGAAAAUGAUGGGCAGGCUGGAGCUGCCAGGGAUGCUUUGCAAGGAUUUAAGAUCACACCAUCCCAUGCCAUGAAGAUCACCUAUGCCAAGAAAUAACAUUUAGGAUAGUUAUCUUUAAAGGACUUGGUGUUAUUUAUAGUGUUUGUUUUGAUAAUAUUUGGUUAUAUCAUUUUAAUAGUUGGAGCUGGGGGAGGGUAGUAAAAGUGAAAUUUUUGUGAAGGACUUAAAUUAGUCUUUUUUUAGUCUUAGUGAACUAUGAAAUGUGAAGGCCUUAAUUUUGUACAAUAAACUUUUAUUUGUAUUCCAUAUAUAUAACGCUUUGCUUAUUGGUCCAUUGCCCUAUCAUCAAAUGCUUAUUCUAGUCUAGAACAUGUCUUAAGGUAUAUAAAACUCUGUAAUAGGAUGCUUUUUUAGUGUUAUUUUAGAGCAGCUAAUGAUACAGCAACGUUGAACUGUUUUAAAAGUUAAGGGGAAUUAGAUCACA